GGGGGCAAGUGGCAUGUAGAGAGUGUGCAUGUGAGAGUCACUGAGCACCAGCAUCCACUCUCCCCUGCAGCUGCACACAGUCUCUCUCCACUCCACCUGAUGAGAGACGGAGGGAAUCGCAGAACAGAGAGGUUAAGGAAAGUACAAAAUACAGCUUUUCUUUCUGCACUGCUUUUCCCCCCAAAACACAGCAACAACAGGCAGGAAGAAAGAUGCUGUGAGACACAUAAGUGAAGCUUAUGAAUCUUAGCUUUGGCUCCAGUCAGAGUUGUUUCUUAUCAACUAGAUCAGCAGCCUGCCCAACCUGCGCAGCCUGCUGAGGGGAAGAGGGGAUGCUGAACAACAUGACGGACUGUGAAGAGGGAGAAGGAGGACCCAACAGCCAGGGUGAUGGAAACCCCAAAGAGAGCAGUCCUUUCAUCAACAGCAAUGCAGCCACUGAUGUGGAGAAAAGCCAGCAGUAUGACAACAAGAGCAUGGCUCUAUUUGAGGAGGAGAUGGACACCAGUCCCAUGGUUUCUUCUCUACUCAGCACACUGGCCAACUACUCCAACCUGCCGACCGGCAGUAAAGAGCACGAGGAGGCUGAGAACAAUGAGGAGGGGGCACGUCCAUCUAAAAAACCAGUGAAGGCACCUCAACUGGGCACUCUGAUGGGAGUGUACUUGCCGUGUAUCCAAAAUAUUUUUGGGGUGAUCCUCUUCCUGCGGAUGACUUGGAUGGUCGGGAUCGGAGGCGUCUUUGGCUCCUUUAUUAUUGUCUUCAUGUGUUGCUCCACGACCAUGCUCACAGCCAUCUCCAUGAGUGCCAUUGCAACAAAUGGAGUCGUACCAGCUGGGGGUUCGUAUUACAUGAUCUCCCGGUCCCUGGGGCCAGAGUUCGGCGGAGCAGUGGGGAUUUGCUUCUAUCUGGGAACAACUUUUGCUGGUGCCAUGUACAUUCUUGGCUGUAUUGAAAUUCUGCUGAUUUACAUUGUCCCUCAGGCAGCCAUCUUCAAGCUGGAGGGCCUGGAGGGGCCGGAGGCCGAGGCCGCUCUGCUCAACAACAUGCGAGUGUACGGCACCAUUGUGCUGAGCCUUAUGGCGCUGGUGGUGUUUGUCGGAGUCAAGUAUGUGAAUAAGCUGGCGCUGGUUUUCCUGGCUUGUGUCAUCCUUUCUAUCCUGGCUGUUUAUGGUGGAGUCAUCAAGACGGCCAUUGACCCCCCGGUCUUUCCUGUCUGUCUACUUGGAAAUCGAACUCUGGUAUCGAAAGGAUAUGACAUCUGUGCGAAGUUUAUCGAAAUAGACAACGAAACCAUCACCACCAAGCUGUGGAGGACCUUCUGCGAUUCUGAUUCCCUCAAUGCCACCUGUGAUGAAUUCUUCACCAACAACAAUGUCACAGAAAUACAGGGCAUCCCGGGGGUUACUAGUGGCAUCCUGGCAGAGAACUUGUUCGGUUACUAUCUGGAAAAAGGAACGAUCUUGGAGAAACGUGGACUUGUGUCUAUAGCGGAUCCUGACAGCCCCAUGACCAGCUCAAACCGUUAUGUCCUGGCUGACAUCAACAGCUUCUUCACGCUGCUGGUGGGAAUAUACUUUCCCUCUGUCACAGGGAUCAUGGCUGGCUCCAACCGCUCCGGUGACCUGCGUGAUGCCCAGAAGUCCAUUCCCAUCGGCACCAUAGCAGCCAUCACUACCACAUCCAUUGUGUACAUGUCGUGCGUGGUGCUGUUUGGUGCCUGUAUAGAGGGAGUAGUACUACGAGACAAGUUCGGUGAAGGCGUCAAUGGUAACCUGGUGAUUGGCACACUGGCCUGGCCAUCUCCCUGGGUCAUUGUGUUUGGCUCCUUCUUCUCCACCACCGGAGCAGGACUUCAGAGUCUGACAGGAGCUCCACGGCUGCUUCAGGCCAUUGCAAGAGACGGCAUCAUCCCCUUUCUUAGAGUUUUUGGGCAUGGCAAAGCCAAUGGAGAGCCUACCUGGGCACUUCUGCUCACAGCGGCCAUCUGUGAGAUCGGCAUUAUCAUCGCCUCCCUGGAUGCAGUCGCCCCGAUACUCUCCAUGUUUUUCUUGAUGUGCUACAUGUUCGUCAACCUGGCCUGCGCCCUGCAGACUCUGCUGAGGACACCAAACUGGAGACCGCGCUUUAAGUUCUACCACUGGGCUCUGUCUUUCCUGGGUAUGAGCCUGUGCCUGUCGCUUAUGUUCAUUUGUUCCUGGUACUAUGCUAUAGUUGCCAUGGGGAUUGCCACCUGCAUCUACAAGUAUAUUGAGUUCUGUGGAGCUGAGAAGGAGUGGGGUGAUGGCAUACGUGGCAUUUCGCUCAGCGCAGCCCGAUAUGCUCUGAUGAGGCUGGAGGAGGGGCCACCACACACUAAGAACUGGAGGCCUCAGAUCCUGGUUCUGGUGAACGUGGAUGCUGCGCAAAAUGUUGAGCAGCCCCGUCUGCUCUCUCUGACCAAUCAGCUGAAAGCAGGCAAAGGUCUAACAAUAGUGGGUACCGCUGUCCAAGGAACCUUCCUUAACAAUUAUACUGAAGCCCAGAGAGCAGAUCAGUCUUUGCGCAAGUUGAUGGAAAUGGAGAAGGUGAAGGGCUUCUCUCAGGUGGUUAUCUCCUCUAACCUGAGAGAUGGGACCUCUCACCUGAUCCAGGUCGGAGGACUCGGAGGCCUGAAGCACAACACUGUUAUGGUCAACUUUCCCUGUAACUGGAAGCAGCCAGAGUGCUACCAACAGUUUAGGAACUUCAUCGAGGUGGUUCGAGAGACAACUAUAGCCAGCUUUGCCUUACUGGUUCCCAAAAACAUUGCCAGUUAUCCAUCCAACGGAGAGCGCUUCACCGAGGGUUACAUAGAUGUGUGGUGGAUUGUUCACGACGGAGGCAUGCUGAUGCUUCUGCCCUUCCUGCUGCGCCAGCAUAAGGUGUGGAGGAAGUGCAAGAUGCGCAUUUUCACUGUGGCUCAAAUGGAUGACAACAGCAUUCAGAUGAAGAAGGACCUCCUCACCUUCCUCUAUCACCUGCGCAUUGAUGCCGCUGUGGAAGUGGUGGAGAUGGUUGACAACGACAUCUCGGCUUACACAUACGAGAAGACCCUGAUAAUGGAACAACGGUCGCAGAUCCUCAAACAGAUGCAUCUGACUAAGAAUGAGAUGGAGAGAGAGAUUCAAAGCAUUACAGAUUCAUCCCGUGGCUCCAUCCGGCGUAAAAAACAGCCUGGCCUGCGACCUCAGCACAGCAUAGAAGAGGGAGCGACUGUGCUGGAAACACCAGAAGAUGAGGUGCAGCUGAUCCACAGUAAGAGUACAUCCACACUCACCAGCCCAACAAGCCCCACCUCACCCGCCGCCCCCCCGACAGGGACAGACGGCAAGGGUGCUGACAAGGGGAAGACCCUUUCACCAACGACACCAGAGGCGGGCAAAGACUUCUUCAACAUGAAGCCGGAGUGGGAGAACUUGAACCAGAUUGACGUGAGGCGCAUGAAUACAGCGAUGCGACUUAAUGAGGUCAUCACAAAGAAGUCCAAGGAGGCAAAGCUUGUCCUGCUCAACAUGCCCGGACCCCCAAAGAAUCGAAUGGGUGAAGAAAACUACAUGGAGUUCCUUGAGGUGCUCACUGAAGGUCUCAAUCGGGUCCUCCUGGUGCGUGGAGGAGGACGAGAAGUCAUCACCAUUUACUCCUGAGAGGCUUCCUGUAAGAAUUCUGGCUUUGUCUACCUCCCUGUUAUUCCAGGAAACCCCUCUCACCUGACAAAAUGCGCUGCACUCACUGUUUUCGGAUGACUUUGACUCACGUAGACUCUGCCAUGUGUGUUACCUUUAAACCUGAGCAGUUUUAGGGUUAAAAAAAAAAAUGCAACAAAUGUAAUCGUAGACUAUGCAAGUUUUGAAACAUUUCUCUUCCUCCUCUCCGCUGUUGAAUCAACUCACUGCGUUCAACUUUCCCCUUAUCCUGCUCAUCUUUUACAGGAGAAAGUUUCUUUUGUUUUCAUUUUUACUUAUUUUAUAUUUUCCCAUUUUGAUGUUAUUUAUAUAUUUAUUCAUCUAAGUCUGUCCGUCUGUCUGUUUUUGUUUGUCAUAGUAUGGUUGUAUGUAACAUCAAUCGUAGAGUGGUCUGUUUUAAAUAAUCUGGUGUGUUUCAAGGGAACUUUCUGUAUUUAUGACACAUUCAAACUCAUGAGUUGGGAAAAUAUAACAGCAAAGGCAGACUACUGUUUGUGGGGAUAUCAGCAGAUAUCCUUCAGAUCCAAUUGGAUUUAGUGCCCUAAAUGGAAAAAUUCAACCUGAGUGUGUCAUUCCUGGCUUGUCCAGAAAACAACAGGCAAUGGGCCGAUUUUCAGCUUCCGAACUGAAAAUGUCAAGUAAGUUUUCUGUUAACUUGUUUAACCUGUUGUUUUCUGAGCAUCGCUUGCAGACACAUUGGCAAAUAUUGAGAUUUAAAGAAUAUGAUUACAUAUAAUUGAUGGCAUAGUGGGAACCCAAACUUGAUUGUGUAAUGUUGGAUUAUGUGGUUUGAAUGAUUAUGAUGUAACACAAAACAUUUAUGCUCAAUGUUCGUCAGGUAUUUCAAUUCAACUAAAUUAUUGAAUAUAACAUUUCUGUAAAUAAAUGUGAAUCUUGGUAUUUUGUAUCUGGUGUGACUCCAUCUUCAGAAAUAACUGCAACUAAACGUUUUGAGGAACUUGAUCAGGGUAGAUCCAUUCUCAGACGUAGCGAAUCAUUCUAAACCAUGAUAGCGCCACCGCCGUUUUAACAAAUAGUAUAAUGUUUUAAUGCUGGAGUCAAGUUCUUUCUUCCUUACCUCAAAGAGAAUCACAUCAUUUCCAUAUUUACUGUUGCUGUCCAGCAUUUCCCUAAUGGGAGCCUUUCUCACAUUGACCCAGAAAGAGGUCUUUAGUUGUUCAAAAGUUACUUUUACAUCACUAUAUCUGAUCUUCGUGGUAGAGUGAUCUUUUUUGUUCACUAUUCCUGUUUAAAUUGACAGCAGUUUUGAAAUUAUCCCAUUGUUUUUUAACCUUUCCAACUCUGAUUAGCAUUAACAGUGAAAGUCCUCAGAAAUCCCUCUUUUCCAUGUCAUGAGUCACUAACACAAACAUAUUAUGAAAUCAGACUUUGAUUGAUUUGUGUUCUCUAAAUAAACAAGGUGCUUACUCGCAGCUGAAUGUUAAAUUAACUACUAGUCCUUGAGGUUCCCAAAUUUUUGAGCUUUGUGAAAAUCUGAUGGUAUUUUAAGAUGUAUUGUGGGUAAAAAUAUGAGAGCAUUAGCACUGUUACAUUUGUGUACUUGUGUCAUUUUUGAAUCAAACAUGGCGUAGACCUGUAUUACCUUCAGGCACACUUGGUCAUCAAAGUAACCCAGCUCUGUUAACUGAAAGAUGAGAUUUAAAUAUGUUUUGGUCCAAUACAUGCAGACUUUAAUCACACGGAGAGUGUUUCUAGUGUAUAUAUUUAUGAUUUUAGUUGAUAUGACUUCUUCUUUCCUAUGGUCCCUUAGCUCUGUAAAGUCUUUAAGAAAUUCUAAGUCACUUCUACGUAUUCUAAUUUCCUUUAAUUCAUUGUUCAGCUAUUGUUUUUGACACUGCAGUAUAUAGUAUGCCACCCCCGCCCGUCAUCAUAGAUGAACCUUCUUAUUGGUAAAAUCUGCACAGAGGCCUCAGUGUUUACCUCACGUGUAACACUAACAAACAUUAUUUGUGUCUGAUGUUGGUGUCGUUUUGCAGGAUGCUUGUCUUCACAUAUGUAGUCAUUGUUUUGAACCUCCCUCUGUAUGUAUGCUACAUUACAUUUGUGUGUCAGACGUCUCUGAGGACAGUGUGCCGCAUGUUGAAGACGUGAUGCAGAGUGAGCAGGUUCAUCUGUAAAAAGCGUAGAGACGACAUGUGAGUGUACACAACUGUUUUAUAGUCCUGUAAAAGACCAAGAUUUGUGAUGUCUAAAAAUGUUACACAGACCUUAUUACAUGAUAUACUAUACCUUUUACAUUUAUGUAAAAAUCAUGACUGGAAGAUACAAAUGUAUAUGUCUGUACAAAAUGCAAUAAAUUUCAAUCAUUUUAAUACAACAGAAGAUGUUGUCAUA